CCUUGACCUGUCAACAGCAACAAGUAGCUCCGCAGCAAACUAUCUUUUCCCUGAACGGCAGCGGACUGGAGGGCAACGACCAUGGCCCCUAUUGAACCGCCCGACGCAAUCGAUAUCCCAACGGUGCUCAAUCGACUCGAGAACCUCAGUGCUGAUGAGUAUGUUCUAGCUUUUGGUCCGGAUGGACGACAGUUCUUUGCUACGCCAAAUGGUUAUUCCGCCACCUAUCUACCUUCGAGAGUCCUGUCGGAUGUAUCUGCCGGUCACGUCAAGAAGAUUAUCUGGGCAUCUUUUGGCAGCGAGCUAGAUUCGUGGUUCUUCUCGUACGAGAUGAGCGACGGUACCCGCACCUGUCGCACUGGGCCUGCGAUUCCGAAAGCGCUACACGAGUUUAUCGAGCAAAUCGGCGAGUCUCCCCAACUCAUGUCGUCUCUACAUGUUCAGCUAGGCGCCCACGAAUCUUUCGUCGUUUGGAGUGGGACGACCUGGGCAUGCCUCAACAUCCCAAAGUCCCUCAAGUCGCAGUUGAUUAAGUUUAGCUCCAUGUACAAGGACUUCGACACAAUUACCAAGGGCUCUUUCAGCAAGCACAGUCAUAGAAAUGUCGCAUGGCAUGGCAGUGGCUCAUUCUACCUCAAGAACGGAAACCAGCACGUCUGGAAAUACUGCUCAGAGGUUAUGCGCCAAGCGUGGUAUGGACUUUGGCAAAAUGACAGUCCCUCGCGCUCACCAAAUCUGUCUAACCUGGCGUAUGUCGCUAUCAAUUCUCAUGCCGCCAGUGGAGAAGCUUUUGCGUUUCUGAAGCAGCAGCAGAAAGGCAAGGAAGUGCCCUUCACCAUCCGUCUUGACCACGACUCCACGUACUCUAGCUUGCCAUCAAGCCGUCAACCUUUGCCACCAGAUGAUCGGCUCGAGCAUGUAGCUCAAGAACCGGAUCAGCCAAGUCACUAUUGUUGGGCUAUCAGCAAGAAGACUGGACGUCCACACCCGAGAGAUGCAAGGGAGCUGGAGCUGAGGAAGAACGAAAGGGUCAAAAUAUUGGAGGACAUGGGGCGGGAUUGGUUCAUGGCUCAGGACAGGAAAGGUCUCAAGGGAUGGGUUCACCGGUCCUGGCUCUCCUUUGGCGAUGAGGAGCCCAAAGCAGACGCGAAAGCAAUCUACUCCCGGUUUGCGCAGGACAUGCAGAAGUUCCUGGUUCCUGGCCAACUGCGGAGCUUUCCGUGUUUGAAGGAAUACAUGAACACCUGUGUCAAGGAUGAGUGCAAGCUGCUCAAACAAGACAGCCUGCUUGGAAUCUGCCUCCACGACUUGCAGAAUUUGUUGAUGGGCUCGGGCGAGUAUUCGUAUGGAUGGUUGAAGGAAGAACGCAACGUCUGGCACCCGGACAAAUUUGCUCGGUACUGCCAUGCAGAUCACAAAGAAGGGUUGAAGGCGCAUGCAGAGGACAUGUUUGUCAUGUAUGGGAUCCUGAUGGACAAGUGCAUGACUGACGAUGGCAAUGGGCAGAAUUGGCAGCUGGACUUGAUAACUGCUUUGGAUGAUAUGAGACUGAGGAUGCCGAUGAGCGGACGCGUUUUUACUCUCGCUACAGCUACCCCGCCCAGGCAGAUUCUCGCGCGAGCACCCCGCCACUUGUAUACUCUGUUGUACACGUCUCCGUCGGCCAGUGGCAGCAGGACGUUUUGCAGCACGCGGAUCAGUAUGACGGCCACCAAGAUUGAUGGGACGGCCAUUGCCAAGGGCAUCCGCGAGCGGCUGGGGGCGCAGAUCAAGAAGAGGCAGGAGGUGAAUGCGCGGUACAGGCCGAACUUGAAGAUUGUGCAGAUCGGUGACCGGUCGGAUUCGUCGACGUAUGUGCGCAUGAAGCUCAAGGCGGCUGAGGAGGCCAACAUCGACUGCGAGCUCGUCCACCUGCCCGAGGACAUCAGCGAGAGCGACCUGCUGUACCAGAUCGACGAGUACAACAACGACCCCGCCGUGCACGGCAUCCUGGUCCAGCUGCCGCUGCCCAAGCACAUCUCCGAGCACACCGUCACGUCGGCCGUCGCCGACGAGAAGGACGUCGAUGGCUUCGGCAUCCAGAGCAUCGGCGAGCUGGCCAAGCGCGGGGGCAAGCCGCUGUUCACGCCGUGCACCCCCAAGGGCGUCAUGGUGCUGCUGCAGGAGGCGGGCGUCGACAUCAGCGGCAAGAACGCCGUCGUGCUGGGCCGCAGCGACAUUGUGGGCAGCCCCGUCAGCUACCUGCUGAAGAACGCCGACGCGACCGUGACCGUGUGCCACUCGCGCACUGCCAACCUGCCCGACGUCGUCCGGCAGGCGGAUAUCGUCGUCGCCGCCAUCGGCAAGGCGCAGUUCGUCAAGGGCGACUGGCUCAAGCCCGGCGCCGUCGUCAUCGACGUGGGCACCAACUUCAUCCCCGACGACACCAAGAAGAGCGGCCAGCGCCUGGUGGGCGACGUCGACUACGACUCGGCCGUUGAGAUCGCGUCCCACAUCACGCCCGUCCCCGGCGGCGUGGGGCCCAUGACGAUUGCUAUGCUGCUGCAGAACCUCGUCGACUCGGCCGACGCCACGUUUGACCGCGAGAAGAAGCGCAAGAUCUCGCCCAUCCCGCUCAAGCUCGAGGACCCCAUCCCCGCCGACCACGUCAUCUCGCGCAAGCAGCACCCCAAGCAGAUCACCACCGUCGCCAGGGAGGUCGGUAUCCUGCCGUCCGAGCUGGAGCCGUACGGCGCGACCAAGGCCAAGGUCGACCUGUCUCUGCUGAAGCGCCUCGACUACCGCCGCAAUGGACGCUACGUCCUCAUCGCCGGCAUCACGCCCACCCCGCUCGGCGAGGGCAAGUCGACGACCACGAUUGGUGUCGCCCAGGCGUUGGGCGCACAUCUCGGCAAGAUCUGCUUUGCCAACGUGCGACAGCCCAGCAUGGGGCCGACCUUUGGCAUUAAGGGUGGCGCGGCCGGUGGAGGCUACAGCCAGGUCAUCCCCAUGGACCAGUUCAACCUCCAUCUCACGGGCGACAUCCACGCCAUCACCGCCGCCAACAACUUGCUCGCCGCUGCCAUCGAGACGCGCAUGUUCCACGAGAACACACAAAAGGACGGCCCGCUGUACAAGCGCCUGGUGCCGGCUAAGAAGAGCGGACGCGAGUUUGCCCCUGUCAUGUUCCGCCGUCUCAAGAAGCUCGGCAUCGACAAGACGAACCCCGACGACUUGACCGAGGACGAGAUCAGGAGGUUUGCCCGACUGGACAUUGACCCUGACACGAUCACGUGGCGACGCGUUCUCGACGUCAACGACAGGCAUCUGCGACACAUCACCAUCGGCCAGGCAGCGACAGAAAAGGGCCACACGCGUGAGACCGGAUUCGACAUCUCAGUUGCCAGCGAGUGCAUGGCCAUCCUCGCCCUCAGCAACGACCUUGCAGAUAUGCGAGAGCGCCUCGGCCGCAUGGUCAUUGCCAGCUCCCGCGCCGGCGACCCCGUCACCUGCGACGACAUCGGCGCGGGCGGCGCUCUGACCGCUCUCCUCGUCGACGCCAUCAAGCCAAACAUGAUGCAGACACUAGAAGGCACACCCGUCUUCGUGCACGCCGGUCCCUUUGCAAACAUCAGCAUCGGCGCCUCAUCCGUCCUCGCCGACAAGCUCGCCCUCAAGCUCGCAGGCACAGAACCCGACGAGGACCAUGAUGAGAAAACGGGUUUCGUCGUCACAGAAGCCGGCUUCGACUUCACCAUGGGCGGCGAGCGCUUCUUCAACAUCAAAUGCCGCUCCUCGGGCCUCGUCCCCGACACAGUCGUCAUCGUCGCCACAGUCCGCGCCCUCAAAGUCCACGGCGGCGGCCCGGAAAUCAAACCAGGCGCCCAACUCCAGGAAGUCUACCGCACGGAGAAUAUCGAGCUCCUGCGCGCUGGCUGCGUGAAUAUGAAGAAACAUAUUGAAAAUGCAAGGGCGUAUGGCGUCCCUGUCGUCGUGGCUAUAAACCGCUUCGCGACAGAUACUCAGGCGGAAAUCGACGUUAUUCGCGACGAAGCUAUCGCUGCGGGCGCAGAGGACGCUAUACCCGCUAACCACUUCGCCGAGGGCGGAAAGGGCGCUAUCGACCUCGCUAAGGGUAUCAUCGCCGCCUCUGCAAAGCCGAAACCGGACUUCAAACUGCUGUACGACCUUGACAAUACGGUACAGGAGCGCAUGGAUAUCAUCGCCAAGCAAAUGUACGGCGCCGAAGCCGUGACGUUCUCGGACCUCGCGCAGAAGAAGGUGGAUAUGUAUGUUAAGCAGGGUUUGGGCAAUUUACCUAUCUGUGUGGCGAAGACGCAGUACUCGCUUUCGCAUGAUGCGGCGCUUAAGGGCGCGCCGGAGGGGUUCACGGUUCCGAUAAGGGAUGUUAGGAUGGCGGCUGGUGCCGGGUAUUUGUAUGCGCUUGCGGCGGAUAUACAGACUAUUCCGGGACUGCCGACGGCGCCGGGGUAUUUGAAUAUUGAGGUUGAUGUGGAGAGUGGGGAGAUUGCGGGGAUGUUUUAG